AUGGCUCAGGCGAGGCACAUACGAAUCCUUAUCUGCAAUAUGUUGAAGUCCAAAACUGAGCUCAGACCGAGCGUUGGAGAAAUAAUGCGUGACAGCCUUGUCUCUCUCGUUGACUAUGAAGACAAGCAAUUCAAGGUUGAUCUCCGACAAAAUUUUGCCGUUAUUGCGCCAGGACAUAAACCGCAUGAAACGUUACUUCUUCGAUCGAUUCUAUGCCUGCUGUAGAUCGGUUAUAUGAAGCUAAUUGAAGCAGCCAUGAAGCACAUCGGAAUCAAACCUGAAGUAGGCCUCUUGGAAAGAAUGAAGACAAUGGCCCAAUUCAUUCUCAAUCCAUUUGCCGAAGAUCACGAAUCAAUAGGAGAGCAUAUCGGAGAUCCAUUAGCUCGCAGACUCCUUGCCACGCUGCCUAAGGAUGCGUCGCUCUCCGUUUUCAAGGAGAAAUGCAAGGGUAUGUUACGUUCGAAAAAUGAGAAAGUGAACGAAUUUGCAAAUUGCUAUUUCAGAGCUAGAACAUAUUAUGGCUUGUAUACG